AUGUCUCGUGUUCCUCUUAAGUCUGAGUUUGCUGCUCGCUGCCGCACUAAGCGGCUGCCGCCGGUGCUGCAGCGGCUGGGGGCCCUGUACGAGCAGCAGCAGCAGCAGCAGCAGCAGCUGCAGCAGCAGCAGGGAACAGACGACCCUCUGCUGCUGCCUGCUGCUUUUCUUAGUGAUCCCUUCAAUACAGGUGAAGCCAUAAUUAAAUCAGGAGAUGCAGCAGCAGCAGCAGCAGCUGCUGCUGCUGCUGCUGAAGCAGCGACAGCAGCAGUAGCAACUGCAGCAGCAGCAACAGCAGCACGAAAUGUAGCAGCAGCAGCAAUAACUUUGGUAGGCUAUGGGAGCGCGGAGUGUCCGCCUGAGUUUGAGGGGGAGAAGGAGGUAGCUGAUUUGCUGUCUCUUGCUGCAGCAGAAGCAGCAGCAGCAGCGCUGCAGUUCAAGUUGCUGCUGCUGCUGCUGCACCAGUUGCUGCUGCUGCUCCAGUUGCUGCUGCUGCUGCUGCUGCUGCUGCUGUGUUUGCAUGCAGAUGGGAGCACGGAGUGUCCGCCUGAGUUUGAGGGGGAGAAGGAGAUAGCUGAUUUACUCUCUCUUGCUGCAGCAGAAGCAACAGCAGCAGCAGCAGCAGCUGCUGCUGCAGCAGGAGGAGCAGGAGAAGACGCACCCGCAUCAUCAGCAGCAGCGGCAGCAACAGCAGCAGCAGCAGCAGCAGCAGCAGCAGCAGAUGGAGGAGAGUGGCAACAAUAUGAUUUGCCUUCUAGCUCUUUUGCUGUUCACAACGAAGCAGAGAGAAAUCUGCUUUUUACUUUUUCUGCUGCUGCCCUCCAGUCUGUCUCUCUCAUCGAUUGCAGCAACAAAAAUAAAAACAAAAACUACAAACAAAACACCAUCAAGGCAAGCCCAAAAGAAACAACACUCGGGGUUAGGGUUUAG